CUGACCGAAUCAAGCCCUCGGCGCACCCGCACUAAAUACGCACCUUCUUUAGGUUAGAGAAUUUACGGCUUUAAGGGAGGAAGUUUUCUAUUCUGCUCGCCUCUGUUUUGUUGAAAAGUAUCAGUGGAGGGCCUAUAAAUAGAUUUAAAAAGUACAGCAUUAAAAAAAAAAAAAGAAAACAAGCAGCAAACUCCUCAUCCUUUGCAAAAAAAAAAAAAAAAAAAAAAAAAAAAAAAAAAACCUCAGUAAGACGCAUUAUUUUUUUUGGCGCCGGAACGCACGGCGCAUUUUUAUUUAUUUUUUUUUAAAUCAAGCGGUCAAGGUGACAGUAAAGGGCCGGAUGAGGACUAGAUUUGCAGAGGUGUGGAGUGUGAGGAUGCCACAGUGAUCUACUAGACUGACGUCUCUCCGGUAGCGCAGAAGAAGACCGCAGCCCGGUUAUUCCACAGACUUCAGUUCAGCCUAGCAGUCGACAGUCUCUCCCGCAGAGAGACAAAGAGAGGGAGGGAAAAAAAAGAACUUCAGCAACGACAAGCUGUAGUUUUCCAGCAUGAUCAACCUCCGGAAAUCUCCGUUUAAACACGCUCGCCCAGCAACUGUUUGAUUUUGCUGGUGUAGGAUUUUUUUUUCCCCCUUUGGAAAGAUUCGUCUUUUCCCACCUUCGGCUGAUGUAAAAAAAAACAACCGCUUCAUUUGGAAUGAUGUGGACCUCUCAUGAUACUGUUGGAUUUGUUUUCCUAGCCGGAUUUUGUGUUCAAUUCGGAUUCUCUUUUGAAGGUCGCUUCACGGAUCUGCCCUCCAACAUGACGGUAAAAGAGGGACAAAACAUAGAAAUGGCAUGCGCUUUCCAGAGCGGAACCGCGUCUGUGUAUUUGGAGAUCCAGUGGUGGUUCGUGAAAGCUCCGGAGCCCACUGACAGCGAGGAAGACGUGGACGCUCAAGAGAUGGAGAUGAUACCAGAGCCUGAUCCUGAUGACGAGGGGACAAAAAUAAGUACAGUGAAAGUCCAGGGCAAUGACAUCUCACACAAGCUGCAGAUCUCCAGAGUCAGCAAGAGUGACGAAGGCCUGUACGAGUGCCGGGUGACACGAGCUAACUACGGAGAGAUUGUGGAGUACAAAGCCCAAGCCUGGCUGAAGGUCAACGCCACAGCCAGGCCUCGACGACCACUGCAGCCUCCCAAGAAGAGCUCCCCACUGCACCUGACGGACAAGAAGCCGAGAAAGUCCAGCUCAUCUCUGGGCCAGGACAACAUGAGUUCAGACCAGAGGGUGGCCUCCACCUCCACCUCUCACACAUCCUCCAACACAGAUAAACACAACCCUGGCUCAGGUACAAGAAUAUCAUCCAGCUAUGGACUGGCUGUCCUCCUCCUGGUGUGUGGUUUGGUGAGGGAUGCCUUGUUAUAAUUUGAAGAACUGACAUCAGAUCUCUCUCUCUCUCUCUCUCUCUCUCUCUCUCUCUCUCUCUCUCUCUCUCUCUCUCUCUCUCUCUCUCUCUCUGUAUCUCUGUUUGCUCUCAAAGCGAACAAGAAAAAUUGCCUGUUUUAUUCCCCCCCACCCCCCCCUCCAUCUCCCUCCUUGCCACCGUGCAGACGGUGCGGCUAGCCCUGCAUUUCCUCGCCACCACUGCUCUUGCACCCAGCACAUUGUUAUUAGUCACUGUAAACACCAGUCACAUUUAAAGCAGUCGGAUUACCUUUUGUACAGACGUCAACUGAACACCAUCCGAGGUGCAACGCUCCGGUGUGAAAACUGGACUCUGUACCUUGUUGGAUAACUCUCAUGGAAGAAUGACUUUCUUAUGGUUUCGCUGUUCCAGUUCAUGUGUUCAUUGCUCAAAAGUGAACAAGAAAAAAGAAGAAUCUAUAUUUGUGUAAUAUAUAUAUGAUUCCAGAUAUAUAUCUGUUUUCUUUGAAGCACCUAGAAUUAAUGUAUGUGCUGUAUACAUAGCUGCCACUCAUCAUAUUGGCCAUGGAACUUCAUUGUGAAUAGGCACUCUAGCCCUCUCAAAGAGAUAAAUUAAAUUCAAGUAUGUGUUAAUUUAGACUGUUAACACUGACCAUCGGGUUAACAAAUGUUAAAUUUCCAUUUUCUUUCAGCUGUAUUGGCCAUCCAAAUUGCUAAUGUGCAUAAUUUUCCAUCUUGUUAGUGCUACAUAUACAGAUGUGCAUGCUUAUUGGUCUGAUGGCUUAAAAGAGAGGAAAAUAUUUGAACAGCAUAAGUCAACACUUGGAGUUCAGUGUUACAAUAUGUUAACUUUAGCUUUAUUUUAAUGUGUUAGUUUUGGUGUGAAAAAACAAAUUGUCCUUUUGUCAUUUUAAUUUGUAUUGCAUCCUCGGUAGGAAUAAAAAGGAUGUCACAAUUUAUGAGUCAUUCAAAAUUCUGAUAUGUGACCAUUGGAUGAUUAAUUUUAAAUGGCCUGCACCAUUUCUAAAUGGCAUGCUUCAGUUGCUGUGCACCUCCCUGCUAUGUCUCAUUAUUAUACAGGAGGAAUGAGUAUUUACCCACUGUGGAUCAUGAGCGUUGCUAGUUAUGUUGAUUCCAACACACAGACACACAUAUUUGCACAUUUAAGGUGAGAUGUUUGAGUGGGAGGGUGGUGACAGGAGAGUCAGUAAAACACAGAGAACAGACUCAACAUUAUAAGUGACCCAAGUUUGGGAGAAAUGAGGAGUUUGGUUGAAAUCUUUUCUCUUAGAUCUCACAAUAAUAUAUUUUUAGCUUUAUUUUCAGAUGGUAUAUCAUAGAGAUUUUUAUUCACGCAGAGCAUUUAUGAGCAAAACGCUUUGACAAUCUGACACAAACACAGGCAGACGACUGGUUGGGUUUCAUAGUGCACACUACGCCUAUAUUUAGAUCAUUAAUGCGAUCCAGAUUAACCUUCAAAACAAUAAUGAUUCUUUAGUUUUUGUUUACUUUUGAGCUGAAGAGGGAAUCAUGUGCAUCCAUCAGAAACAUGGAUGUUCUACUUCUAACUGAAAUAUUUAUGAAUAAUAGAGUAGCUGAUUUAUGUCUCAAGAAAGGUACUGUAAGUGGAUGUUAUCCACCAUGAAUAUCGUGCUGUCAGAGUGCAGCAGUCGCCCUGCAAUGAGAUCAAUAUUUUACUUCAGCAGACGCUGGCCCCUUAGCACAUCAUAUUUGUUGCUUAGGUAAAAUCCAAACAUUUAGUUGGUCUACAUAUAGCAUGAUUCUCUGGUUCUUCAUUUGUUGUAUGGCAUAAUCUAACAUUCAUACAAAUAAAAUUUGCAAUACUUACAUUGCUGUGUGUUCUCACAAAGCAAAAUAUUCACCUCACUUUGAGCGUUUAUUCCGCUUUGCUCAGCUGAAAUCCCUUCCCAUGUAUAGUUGUAUCGCAUUUCCCAAAGAACGAUGGAGGGAAACUUGUUGAUUCAGCAGAGAGGUGCAGAGGCUGACAGGGUGUGUUGUGCUUUAGGAUAGGAGCAGAGACAUCUUCUGAUCAGCAGCUUCCAGCCAGAGAACAAGAUGUGUAGGCGAUAGAGGGCGGCCCUGUUUAAUCCCUCAAGUUCCAAACAGCUCAGGCUGAAUUUGGACAGUUAAACCAGAACCACUGUCACAUAUACGCCACUCUGCUGUUACUGGGCACGGAUUCUUUUCAAAUGAGACGCGUUAUGUAAUACGAUUCAAAACAUUUAGUUUGAAGGAAAAAAAAUAACAAAAAAAGCAGCUUAUUUAAGGCACUGAGAAUGGGAUUUGAAUGUCGACUCUGUUAGAAGUGUGCUCGAGCACUUUGGAGAGAGUGUGCACAGUCUGAGUGGACAGCGUGUCCAACCCUCAUGUAAAAAGUUACAGACCUGUACAACUUGUAAAUGAAAUAAUCAGCAUGUUAACAUGUUUUUUAAAAAAAAAAUCCAUUUAAAAAGGCAGAGGCCAGUGAUGUUCUGUACUUGUAACAAUGGUGUCAUGUACUCAUAAUCAAGUGUUAACAAGUCCAAAGUGGGUUUUCAUCUCUUCAAAAUGAACUUGAGUAAAAAUGUAUAUGACAAAAAAAAAACUCUCUCUAUAUAUAUAUUAGAAACAUCUCCUUUACAAAGCUUUCAUCUUAAUCUAGGGGACCCGCUUGAUUGUGGGUCCUUACAACAUAGUGAAUAACACAGUAGGAGAGAUUGGAGCGGUGAUUGAUUUGAUAUUGUGGUCGAUCGGAGUGAUGAAAAAUGACGCUUAGUUUGGGUAUCGAUGGAGGCUGAGUUGCUUACAAGCACUGAGGUCUCUAUUACCAAAGAGGAGAACAGUUCACAACGACGGCUAGAGCAGCAGUUCCUUCAUCCAGGGAUGUUACUUCAGAAACAUCACACAGCCAUUUUCUGUUCUGUUUUAUAUGCCACUCUACUCAUCCACUCUAGAUGUAUUUGUUUCUUCUAAUGUAUUUCAUUUCAAUGCGGUCCUGUCUGUUUGUUGAGCUGUCAAAAAUUCUGAUGAAUUCUCUUUUCUUUGGUAUUGUGUGAGGCUUCUGUACUGGAACAUUGCAACAGUUUGUAUUAUAAUGAUAAUAUCAGAAUAAUAUUUAAAUAAACCAUUUUCACAGAUGAAAUUCAAACACUGAA